GGCGGGCGGGGCGGCGGGAGGCGGAGGCGCCGGCCGAGGAGCCGGGAGGAGCCGGGAUGAGGGCGCCGCUGCUGCCGCCCGCUCUGCUGACCUGCUGCGGAUGGCUGCUCGGCCCCGUGUCCAGCAUCCACCCAGAAUGCCGCUUCCGCCUGGAGAUCCAGGAAGAGGAGACCAAGUGCGAAGCUCUCCUGGGGGCGCAGCCGGAGCACAAAGCCUGCAGUGGGCUCUGGGACAACAUCACGUGCUGGCAGCCGGCAGACAUCGGGGAGACGGUGACUGUGCCCUGCCCCAGAGUGUUCAGCAACUUGUACAACAAGCCAGGGAACAUAAGCAAGAACUGUACGCGGGACGGCUGGUCGGAGAUGUUUCCGGACUUCAUGGAUGCCUGUGGCUACCGGGAACCGGAGGACGAGAGCAAGAUGCAGUUUUAUGUCCUGGUGAAGACUGUCUACACUCUGGGCUACAGCGUCUCUCUCAUCUCCCUCACCACCGGAAGCAUCAUUCUCUGUGCCUUCAGGUAAGUGGCAUAGACAGGUGCAGAGGAUGGGGAAGGUGCUCUGUCCCCAACUACACGUGCGUCUGCCCCUCCACGCUGAUGUGGCCAUGGACAGGGCUUGGGGUGCCUGCCCGUCAGGGAGCCCCUGCAGGCGUGCCUGUCCUGAAACAUGGGCUGCCUAAACCGCCCACCCGGGCCUUCAGUGCCGGCCGCUGUGCUGGGCUCCGGAGCAGGGAAAAGGCCUGGGCUGCCUGGGGCCAGUCUUGUGCCCGUGUGGCCUUGGACAAGCGACGUGGCUUCUGUGGUCUGCCCCUGUCUCCACAGAGGAGCCGCGUGGGAGGCACCACGCCCCGCUU